AUGGUCGUUAUAAAACUCAGUUCUGUGAAAGAAAAUGUUGAUUAUAAGUUUAAUUCUCCGACUUCUCGGUUAUCCGGUUCUCCCACCUUAAUUAAUAAAUCCGUGAUUACUACUGUUGUCAGAAGGGUUGUGUGGUAUCCUGUGGUGCCAUUGGUAGCUCAAAUUUGUAACUCUUUCCUCGAAACUUAUGCUUAUGUUAAUCGUGUAGUAUCUUAUCCUCUACUUUUACUUUGCACUAUUGGCAUGUCAAUUCAAGGAUUGCUGAAUGCUUUAAUAUUUUCCCAAGAUAUUGCUGUUACUCGUGCUUUCCAAGCUGUUAAACUACAUUGGUGGAUCAACAAUGUUAACUCUUAUGAGUAUUACUAUCCUCAUCUAUCCCACAACAAAUCCAUUACUGAUGAAAUUAGCACGCUAGGAAAAUCAAUCGAUUUUAUUAAAUUGAAGACUCUAAAUCGCAAUAAGGUUGAUAUCAUUAAAGGCGAUGAUGUUAUCAAUGACGAUAUUAUCUAUGACGAUAUUAUCAAUGGCUAUACUAAUAUCUCUUCUGCCUUCUUUAGAAAGGACGAUCUAAAGCAGGAUAUAACUCUUGACAAUCAAAAUAACGAUCAAGAUAUAAAUUUAGUUCCUCCCGAGCCUGUUCAUUUAAAAGAUUCUUCCUCAUUAGAUUUAUUAUCUCAUUGUGCAAAUCCAUCAACUUUAUCUGAUCCCUUGAUAGGUAGUUCUAAUAGUAAUAAAAUGGGUCAAGCUAAUAAUACAAGGGAUAUAAAUAAUACACUCUUUUCACAUAAUUUUUCCACAAAUUUAAUAUAUAUAUCAAACUAUACGGGUGGUGAUGAUAUGGGACAGGCUAAAGUUGAGCUUGUUAAUAGUGAACACACUAUAAGAAUAUCAGAAGAAUUUACAGAUGGAUUUAGUUCGGAUGUCGAUAUAUCUCCUCAAGAAAUCGGAAAAUGUAAUAUGAUAUUAAAAAGAUUGUAA